UUCCGGUAGAAAAGACGGAGAGACUAAAAGCCGAAGUUUGCAUACGUAGCAAUAUUUUCACCGUAGGAUCCUGGACACGUGAUGUUUCAACGGUGAGAUAUAUUUUGUUCGACAAGUGUUUUGUGAUACUUGUUGUAAUUAAGAAGAAAACAAACAAAAAAAGAAGAGAGAGAGAGAGAGAGGGGACAAAGAAUUUAAUAAGAGAAGGGAGAAGUGAGUGAGAGAGUAUUAAGGUCAUGGCGGCGUUGCAGAGAGCCGAGACACAGAGAAAGAAACAGAUCUCUCUCAGAGACAGAGAGCGAGAAACCCUUAAAUAAAUAUUACCCUCUCAUACCGACAACCUAACUUUUCUCUCAGUACCACCAAAAGCUCUCUCUCUCUCUCUCUCUCUCUGUCCGAUUUCUAAACAAACCCUAGAUCACAGACAUACUCUACACAUUUAAUCUCUUUCGUCUUCUUCAUCCUCUCAGAUAUAUAUAGAGAGAGAGAGCGUAAGAGAAUUAGAUCUUCCGAGAGAGAGAUCUAUAUCUUCUUCUAUUCAGAUCUUUGGGUAGAUUAAUUCUCACUCUGAAAGUCAAGAUCUUAAUUUGUACGUCUAGAUAUGUGGUAAAGCGAAGCCCUUGUCGAAAUUGGUAAUAUAUGGCUGGUGGUGUCGGAAUAUGGCAGGCUUUUUCUCGCUAGGACACGGCGGAGGAAGAGGAAACAGCCAAGACCACAGAACCAAUAAUAACCCUUCUCCUUCGGGAACAGAAUCUUGGCUUUGGUGCAGAAACCCUAACUCUAACGCAAACGCUGGUGGUGGAGAUGUCGUCGCUCCUUCUUCUUACAAAGGAACCCUUGAGCUAUGGCAACACCCAAACAAUCAAGAGAUCAUAUUCCAGCAGCAACAGCAACAAAGAUUGGAUCUUUACACUUCUGCUGCAGGUUUAGGUGUCGGACCAAGCAACCGGAACUCAAUUGAAACUUCCGGCGGGGCCUUGAUGAUGAUGAGAAACGGUAGCAGCGGCGGUGGACCCAGCUGCCAGGAUUGUGGUAAUCAGGCUAAGAAAGACUGCACGCACAUGAGAUGUCGGACUUGUUGCAAGAGCCGAGGCCUCGAGUGUUCCACUCACGUCAAGAGCACCUGGGUUCCUGCCGCUAAACGCCGAGAACGCCAGCAGCAGCUUGCAUCCGGUCAACAACCGCAGUCGCAGUCGCAGCCGCAGGUUGAGAGCGUCCCUAAACGGCAGAGAGAGCAUUUCCCGUCGAGAUCCGAUUCCCUUGUCUGUACUCGUAUACCUACUAAUAACACCUCCUCAGGGUUAGAGAUUGGGAGCUUUCCGCCGGAAGUGAGCUCGCCGGCAAUUUUCCGGUGCGUGCGUGUGAGUUCUGUAGAUGAUGAAGAAGAGGAGUAUGCGUACAAAACAGCUGUGAGUAUAGGCGGUCACGUCUUCAAAGGUAUUCUCUACGACCAAGGCCCGGCCGAGAGAAGCUCCUCAGGCGGUGGAUCUCAGCCGUUGAACCUCAUAACAGCAGGCCCAUCGGCCUCUUCAUCAAGCCCAAACGUGAGCUGCAACAAUGGAGUUGUUGGUUCCAAUUCAGAUCAUUACAUCGAUCCUGCCUCUCUUAAUUAUCCUACUCCCAUCAACACUUUCAUGACUGGUACGCACUUCUUCUCCAACCCAAGAUCUUGAAUUCCACAUAGAGAGAGAGAGAUAAGCAAUUUAAAACCUUUUUUUUUGUUUAGAUCCUUACGUUAGAAUUAGGGCUUAAAGUCAAUCUUCCGAGGAGGAGAGUAUAACGUAGUAAUCUGUGUUGUGAAAAAGUAAUUAACGGGAGAUAAUGAUUCCUUUAUAAACUCAUCACUUGUUACCUGAUCUUUUAUUAUUUAUAACAGUUUUUCUAGAAGAGAAGUUCUCAUUGUAAUGUUGGGUUAAUUAUUUGAAUGUAAUAAUAAUAUACUCCAAUUUUCAA